CUCCACUCGAACGCGUCGUCUGACCGAUCAGUCCUGAAACUCAGCACUUGGUCCUCGAAAAGUCCAUCGCUCCGAUUGCUGCCGCCGCUGCUGCUGCCCCUCUGGAGAGAUGUAUAAGAGCUGUGCCGUGACCGACUGGCAAGCGUCUACUCGCAUCCCAACUCGAGCCCACAGUCUCCGCCUCUCGCCUCAGAGCCGCACGAACCCUGCUCAGCAAACCAGUCCUUGAGCCUCAACAAACACGACCGGCACUCGCAGAUGGUCCAGCGAAGAGUAAUCAUUCCAGUCAUUGUUCUCAUCGUCGCCGCAGGUGUUGCAAUUGGCAUCUGGCGGGCCGUUGAAGCACAGAAGGCAUCCGCCUCGAGCUUUGCCGCCGUCAAUCCGUCGGCAUCCGCGAGUCCCCCGGGCAGCUCGGCUCCAAAUCCGGUGUAUGUGGCUCCGAUUUCAAGCUCACCAGCGAGCACAGCUCCGGUGACCCAGUCUUCCCUGCCUCUGUACCCCACAGCAUCAACAUCUGUGCCUGCAGUGUCAUCAACGUCAUCCUCGCCGUCGCCAACAUGCACCAAAAUCAGUGUGCGGCGGAGUUGGGACGCUUUGUCGGAUGCCGAGCAAAGUCAGUUUGCAAAUGCUGUCAACCAACUCAAGAAGGGCCCCAAGGUUCCAGGCAACACCUUCACCUUUGAUGACUUUGUCAACAUCCACUACACCGAUGCCAUGAACGCACACGGGGUGGCUGCAUUCUUGCCCUGGCACCGAGUAUACAUCAAGAUUUACGAAGAACAUCUACAGCGGAUCAACAGCAACAUCACGCUGCCGUACUGGGACUGGAGCAAUCUCAAGGUUUCGCAGUCGCCACAGCUGUCCUCGAUCUGGGGGCCAUACUGGGGCACACACACCUACAUUGGCAACAACUGCCUUCAAGACGGAAUCGCUGCAUCCUGGGUCAAGAUGUAUCCCACACAGCUUGCUGGGCAGUGCAUCAAGCGCCAAUGGACGACAGCGACAACCAUCAGCGCCUUCACUCCUCAGAAUGUGAUCGACCAGCUCGACAACGUCACCUCCUUUGCCCAGUUUGCACCGUCGCUGGAAGCCUUCCAUGGAUAUCCGCAUGUCAAUGCCGGUGGGCUCAACGGAGACUUUACAAAUCCGCGCUACUCCCCAAACGACCCAAUCUUCUUCCUGCACCACUCAAACAUCGAUCGACUAUGGAACAACUGGCAGCAAGUCAACACGUCGAAUGUAUUCAACUACGGCGGGCAUACUCCUACCGGCGCUCAAGCGACGCUUCAGGAUCCCUUGACGAUAUUUGGAGUCAAGGUAUCGGACGCCAUGGACAGCUACAACCAAAUGUGUGUCAGCUACGAGCCACCGCCAUCGUCGCUGGCGAGUGACAUCCCGACUGUCCUGGCCAGUCCCGAGGCACUUACGGAAGACGCCAUCCAGGCUUUCUGGCCAGCCGGGCACAUCAAUGUCACAUUCAUUCGGCAGCUGGAGGCCCAAACGAAUCAAUUUGUCGAAGCAUUCAACACUGCAAAUGCAGCCAGCUGAUGGCGAGGCGAGCACCAGAGCAGGAAACCAGCCAAUACAGCCCUCCAGCAACGAGCGAUAGCACGCCAUAAAAUGGAUCGUGGUGGCAGAGGGGACAUGCAAUGGAUUGUGGGCAGAGGGGACAUGCAAUGCAGCCAAGGAUCUGCUUUAGAAGACGGAUCGAUAACUAACGAGA